AUGUACGAUGAGAAAUGUCUCACUAAAACAUGCAUAUACAUUAUUGGCAAUUAUCCCGUCGCAAAACAUCGUCCAGUUUUGAAAUUUUGUUCCUUCGCACUUAAAAUAAAAAUGGAAUACGAUUUUUUGUCAUUUGUCAGAUACUUGGUACUAACCCAGAGCGACGGACCUAUACCGAUAUUACAAAAAAAUUUUUAUAUAAUUGAAAAAGGAAACUUUGAAAGUUUUUUUCCUAAAAAAUCUUAUCAGCAAGCAAACGAUGCAGCUGAAUUAAUUAAACAACUCAACGAAUCACAAGUCGCAGGAAUUCUUGUUGAUGAAAAAUAUCAUUGUUUAAUAAAUGAAGAGUUUUAUCGUUAUCGCAAACAAGUCAUCCAGCAGCAAUACGAAGAAAAAAAUCAAGUCGCAGGACCAAUACAUCAUGAUAAUAAUGCAAACAAUGAAAUUACUAAUUAUCAAAAAAUUAAAGAAUUAGAAGAGAAGUGUAAGGGACUAGAAGAGAAAUGUAAAGAUCUUCAAUUUCGUAAUCAAAAGCUCGAAAGUGAACGGCAAAACUUAAUGAAAGAAGUUUUCAAAUAUCAACCAGCUUUAGGUGAUGCAAAAAGUUUUAAUCCUGAAAAAAUGCAACAUGGUAAUAACGCAAAUUAUGAAAUUAUUAAUCAUCAAAGGAUUAAAGGAUUAGAAGAGAAGUGUAAGGGACUAGAAGAGAAAUGUAAAGAUCUUCAAUUUCGUAAUCAAAAGCUCGAAAGGGAAUGGCAAAAAUUAAAGGGCCAUAAUGACAAUUUAAAGAAAGAAGCUUCCGAAUAUCAAUCAGCUUUAGGUGACGCGACAAGUUUUCAUCUAGGGAAUCAAGAUUCUGAUACAGCCAGUAAAUUGUCAAAAGAUAUUGGUAAUUUACAUCACAAUUUAGAAAAAUUUUGCGAACUGAAAAAAGGAAUUGAAAUAAUAAAUGACCAGAAAGAAAUAGAUAACUUCUUGAAAAAUUAUGAUUGUUCAAUAAAAGGCGCAAUAAAGGAAAAUAAAAAUUUGAUUUCGGGCGCGCUAGAACGUUGCAUAAUUGAGAUUAUCAUUAAAAAAGCCGAAGAAUAUUUUAAUCAUGAAGAGAACGAUAAAGACAACAAAGAAGUCGACGAACAAGGUGACAAAAGACAGCAACAAAAUUUGGAAGCGAAAAUUGUAAAAACAACGGACCUACUGUUAGAGAUGAUAAAUUCAUUUUCAACAAUUCGUACCGGAAAUGAUAAAAUUAGCAAAUCUACUUCAACUAAAUUACGUCAGCAAAUUUAUGGUAUUCUUGGAAACCGUGGUUUUUCCAACACCGUUUUAGAUGAAAGUGAUGGUAAAGAGCAUCCACUUGUUGAAAAAUUACGAAAAGAAAUUUUAGAUUUAAUGAAUCGUUAUCGUAAAAUUAAAGAUCAGGAAAAAUUGGCAAAACAUGAAAAGAUGAUAAACGAUAUUAUUAGGCAAGUCGUUAAUAUAUUUUUUUUCAGAUUAAAAGUACAAGAACCUACCGCCGAAUGGAAAUGGUUUCCUAAAGAUACAGAAAUCAAUACAUUGACUAUGGACGGACCUUGGGAUAAAGACGAAUAUUUAUCUGUUGAUAUCUGUGCGUUUCCGUUGAUUGGAUCUAAUCUUAAUAGUGCUGAAGAUGCGAAAAUGAUGUUUCCGGCGCAAAUUGUUGCGAAUGAUCCCUAG